UCUGCCAAAAAGAAAAAGUUUUAAACAUCAAAAGAAACUUUAUCUUAUUAACAGAAAAUUCAGAUCUCUCAUAAUAAAAUCGUUGUACAAUGAAUGUAAAGUCGUACCUAAUACUCUCUUGAAUACCCUUUCCUUAAAUUACCGGUCAGUCCUCAUAAUCAUACCCCGCACACCUAAACGCGGCAAACUGCCCUUUUCGUCUUCUUCUUCUCCUUCUUCAUGCUCACUUUUCUCUGCCUUACAGCUUUACCUGGACUACGACCUUGGCUAUUCCAUUGGGCCUACCCAUUUCUUCAUGGGAUUCUUGGCUAAACUUUCUGCUUGCAUCGCCAAACGCUUCAAAGCCGCUCGAGGUGGCUCCGCCGGAGAAGACGACUCCGACGGCGGAUCCGACACUCACGGCCUUUUCUUCGAACUCCGUGCUCUCCAGGUUGCUACUAACUAUUUCUCUGAACUUAAUCGCCUCGGUCAUGGUGGCUUUGGUCCCGUCUACAAGGGUUUGAUGCCAAAUGGUCAAGAGAUAGCUGUCAAGAAGCUUGCAAUGGAUUCAAGACAGGGACUGAAACAAUUCAUUAAUGAGGUGAAGCUUUUAUUGAAAACCCAGCAUAAGAACUUAGUGACAUUGUUCGGGUGCUGCGCAGAAGGACCUGAGAAGAUGCUUGUUUAUGAGUAUUUGCCAAAUAAAAGUCUUGAUUACUUUCUCUUUGACAAGAGCAAGUCUCCUUCCUUGGAUUGGACUACAAGAUUUAAGAUAAUCACAGGCAUUGCAAGAGGUCUCCUCUACCUGCAUGAAGAGGCGCCUCAAAGGAUCAUUCAUAUAGACAUCAAAGCCAGUAACAUAUUGUUGGAUCAACAAUUAAACCCAAAAAUCUCUGAUUUUGGCUUGGCAAGGCUCUUUCCUGGGGAUGAUACUCAUGUAAAUACUUUUAGGAUUUCUGGCACCCAUGGUUACAUGGCCCCUGAAUAUGCCAUGCAUGGGUAUUUGUCUGUGAAGACAGAUGUUUUCAGCUAUGGAGUUGUGGUCUUGGAGAUAGUAAGUGGCAGAAAAAACCAUGAUAGCCGUCUUGGUUCAGAGAAGGCAGACCUCUUGAACUAUUCAUGGCUGCUAUUUCAAAGCGGAAAGAUGUUGGAUUUAGUUGAUCCAACCCUCAAGAAAUACAAUCCUGACGAGGCAGCAAUGUGCAUUCAGCUAGGCUUGUUAUGCUGUCAACAGACUGUUGUCGAGAGACCAGACAUGAACUCCGUUCAUCUCAUGCUUUCCAGCGAUUCGUUCACCUUGCCACGACCGGGUAAACCAGCAAUCCAAGGGCGUGUAGGCCGGUGGACGACCACAUCUACUUCAGCUUUUACUAAUACAGAUACUAAUGCAAGUAGCACCAGUGGUGGUAUGACAAAGGUUUUGGCAGGAAGUAGCUUUGUUGAAGAUUAUUCUAGGAAUUCCAUAUCCUGUUCGUCCAUUGAGGAAGGUAGAUGAGCUUCUGGUAGAUCAGUUUAAUUAUAAUUGUAGUAAAAUUCUCUUGUAAAGGUUAUUAUUAUCUCUUUAAAAAUAUGAUAUAUUUAGUGUUGAUAUCAUCUUAUUUUC